AUGAAUGCCUCUGAUAUCAUAUCCGCAUUACCCAGUCGGUUCGAAGCUGCGCAAUCUUCAGGGGAUCUAUUUUUCUUCCCGUCGGAAGUGAGCAAGCAUGAGGAGAUCGGAGUAGAGUGGGAGAUUCGUGUAUGUACGGCGCUUCAGAAGAAACCAGUCGCGUCUCUACCUGCUGGGGAAGCAGGACUCGCAUCAUCUAAUCAGUCAGACGAGAAUUCCAAGAAAUCUGAUCCAUUUGCACCUCCGUAUGUCUCGAAUCUCCAUGUCGGUGAUUUACGCGACGAAUCGUCUGGGGCGGAAUAUGGUGUACUGCUAAACAAGUACUCGGUCGUCCCUCAUCAUUUCCUUCUUGUAACCAAAGAAUUCAUGCCGCAAAACUCACCCUUACUCCCUCACGAUCUAGUCCAAACUUAUCUGCUCCUCCUUGCAGCCCGCAAAGCACGUAAAAACUUCUUCGCGUUCUACAACUGCGGAUCAAACAGCGGAGCCAGUCAAGACCACAAACAUAUCCAGUUCAUCGAAGUCGAGGAGGAUGGACCUCCGAUCGAAAGAUUAGCCAGAGCCGCGAAUCUUGAAGUCUCAGGCAAACCCUUUUCGCUGUCAUCCGUACGAUAUGCAAACCAUGUAUAUCGGCUUCCGACUCUGUCGAAUAGCGCAUCGCCGGAGCAGCUCGAACAAACGUUGUUCCUUCCGUUUCUAGCCCUCUUGGAUCUUGUGAUUUCGACCGUACGACAUGCCCCGGAUUACCCGUCUGGUACCCCCUCCUAUAAUGUGAUUCUGACAUUGGAACACAUGCACCUGAUCCCGCGACGCUGGGAAACCUAUACCCUAGGAGAGUCGGGGGCGACGCUGGGCGUCAACUCGCUUGGGUUUGCUGGCAUGCUGAUGGUGAAAAGCGAGUCCGAACGUCAGGCAUUAGAGCAAGAGAAGAUCGAAACGGUCCUGAGAGGUGUUGGUGUGGAAAGUGUGCAUGAAUUGCAAGUUGCUGGUACAUCGAUGGAAGCGAUGGAUGAGACAAGUGCUUGAUAGUAAUGUAUACAUGAUCGUAGAGAUUUCAUACACGUACGAGGCAAAAUUUCUACUCGAAGGAUAGCAAGAAAUAGGAAGCGUUCAAGACUA